AUGAGGAAGAGGGCAGAGCAAGAGGGCAAAGGAAGAGGGCGAAGGAAGAGGGCAGAGAAAGAGUGCAGAGGAAGAGGGCGAAGGAAGAGUGCAGAGAAAGAGGGCAGAGGAAGAGGGAAGAGAAAGAGGGAAGAGAAAGAGAGCAGAGUUAAAGGGCCGAGAAAGAGGGCAGAGGAAGAGGACAGAGGAAAAGGGCAGAAAAAGGGGGCAGAGGAAGAGGACAGAGGAAAAGGGCAGAGGAAAAGGGCAGAGAAAGAGGGCAGAGGAAGAGGACAGAUGAAAAGGGCAGAGGAAAAGGGCAGAGAAAGAGGGCAGAGGAAGAGGACAGAGGAAAAGGGCAGAGGAAAAGGGCAGAGAAAGAGGGCAGAGGAAGAGGACAGAGGAAAAGGGCAGAGAAAGAGGACAGAGAAAAAGGAUAGAGAACACUGUGUUCCGAUGCCUAACAGGAAGUGA